UCCCGCAGCUCGCGAAGGACCUCCUGCACCCGUCCCCGGAGGAGGAGAAGAGGAAGCACAAGAAGAAGCGCCUGGUGCAGAGCCCCAACUCCUACUUCAUGGACGUGAAGUGUCCGGGGUGCUACAAAAUCACCACCGUGUUCAGCCACGCGCAGACGGUGGUGCUGUGUGUGGGCUGCUCCACCGUCCUGUGCCAACCGACGGGAGGAAAAGCAAGGCUCACAGAAGGAUGCUCCUUCCGACGGAAGCAGCACUAAAAGCACCCUGCGUCAACAUGAGUGGGGAACUAACCCAAUAAACAGAUUUUGGAUACGUUC